CCCAUUUGUAAAACAAGAAAUGGCAGCCCUGGCGUGUGUUUGCUCCAUAUGAAAGAUCAAGCUAAAAUAACUUACACGGAAACAUAUUUGAGUGUACACCGUAAAAAAAAGGUAUUUUACCGAACUUUUAAGGUUUGGCACUUUUGUACGAAACGAUUUUAAGUUCGGUGACACAAAAAUCGUUUCGUAAUUUUCAUACAGAACUUUUUAAGGUCCGAAAAUUUUAGAGAGUUUCGGCGCUUUGCUACGAAACCGUUUCGAAGUUCUGUCCGUUGUGUGCUGAACCUUGAUAGUUUCGUGUUCUCGAUGGAAAACCAUUGACAGUUCCGUAGACCGUCUCAAGGUUCCGCAUAAACUUUACGAAGCCACUCAUAGUUUCGUACCUACUUUAAUAGUACCGCACAUAUUGUACGAAACUGGGUAUGGUUUUGUAAAAGAUAUACCGAUCCAUUGUAUCGUUUACAAAACUAUUCAUAGUUUCGUACGACGCAUACAGAACCCUUUGAUGUUUUAUGAAUUUUUCAAUGGUUUCGUAAAAUUUGUAUUUAACCUUUACAACAUGUACGAAACGAAUCAUGGUUUCGUAUCAGAUAUAUGAAACCUUUUGAUGCCUUACGAAACUGCUAAUAGUUUUGUAACAUGUACACGAAACCUUCAGAUAAUUGACGAAAAUGUGAAUGGCUUUGUAUAAGAUAUACCAAGCCAUUAGAUUUUGAAUGAAACUAUUUAUGGUUUCGUAUGAGAUAUCCGGAGUCUUCACAUGGUCGGCGAAACUACUAGUGGUUUCGUACAAUGUAUAAGAAACCAUUACAUGACUUUCGAAACUAUUGAUAGUUUUGUAAAAGCGUGCGAAACCUUCACACCCCGUACAGAACUAUAUAUGGUUCCGUACUGCACAUAUGUAACCUUUUAAUGCUCUAAGAAUCUGCUAACGGUUUUGUGUGAGAGAUACGGAACAUCUAAAUGUCCUUCGAGACUGUGGGUGUGGGUGUGGUUGAACUAGUGGACAACUCACACCCACAACGCCCACACCCGCACCCACAUCCACACCCACCCACAUCCACACCCACACCCAUCCAAACCCACACCCACACCCACACCCAGUGUUUUUAAACCAAAUUUUAAAGUAUCCAGUGCACGAAAGUAUGAGCUUUUGAUUGAAUUGCAUCACUGUCGUCUGAGUGCUAACUAAAAGUUUGAUUUUUACGUGUUUAAUAACGCUUACUUUGCACUCUUUUUUUCACAUCUGUAUAAAUUCACAUACUGUGGACAUUUUUUUGUUCGUCUUCUAUCUCAGUUUUAUUUUUGCUUCUAAAAUAUUAACUUAUUCAUUAGCUGUUUCUUGUAACCUUCGAACAUGCGUUUCUUCUUUAUAGUGGUUUGCAUCAUAGCCGUUAUUUUACGUUUAACAACAGGAUUGCCUCAUGAUCGCAUGCGUCGUGGCCCCGUCGAUCUGAGUGGUUUAACUGGUAACGGUGGAAUGUCGUUUAUAUGUGUAUUUCCACCAUGUCCAGUACAACCGCUUGUCUUACCGUCAAUGAUUGAUUGGGAUUGGGAUGCUAUUCAUGCAAGCAUUGCACAAUGGAACAAAGAGCAAGAAGAGUUAUUAUUAUCGAAAAUAGAUGAUUAA